CAAACCCUUUCCUCGUACCUUUUCCCAAUCCAGAACCAACGGCGGCGACAGAAUGUACCGAACGGCGGCGAAGCGGUUGUUAACCGCUGCAAGGCACUACAACUCAAACACUGGGCUCCGAUUCCGGCGUCCUCAGUCGCUGAUAGCCUCUUAUCGGUUCUCCACAUCGGAGACUCAACCACUCUCUGAUCCACACUCUACCAAUCCCAUCUACACCACCGAAACCCCUAUCAUCGUAGAUUCCACUUCUUCUUCUUCUUCUUCUUCUUCUUCUUCUUCAUCAUCAUCGACGGGUGAAGAUUUCCGGCGCCAAGAGACCCCGAAACCUGGAGCCAAGUACGAGGACGAACAAGCUCGCCUGCUUUCCGCCUCGGUCACUCACGUUUUGAAAUUGGGGUGGACGGAAGCAGCGUUAAUUGCUGGAGCAAAAGAUGUUGGUCUGUCCCCUUCUAUCGUUGGAUCUUUGCCGAGGAAGGAAGCAGCAUUGGUUGAGUUUUUCAUGGAUGACUGCUUACAAAAACUCAUUGAUAGAAUUGACUCAGACGAGAGUUUGAAAAAUUUGUUGACACCAAGUGACUGCAUCUCCAAGCUUAUCAGAUAUCGUCUAGAAAUGCAAGCUCCAUUCAUAUCAUCAUGGCCACAAGCUCUUAGCAUCCAGGCACAACCAGUUAAUGUUCCGACGAGUUUUAAACAGAGGGCAAUGCUUGUGGAUGAGAUUUGGCAUGCUGCUGGUGAUAAUGCCUCUGACAUUGAUUGGUAUGCCAAGCGCACUAUCCUUGGAGGGAUAUACUCAACCACUGAGAUUUAUAUGCUGACAGAUAGCUCUCCUGAUUUUCGGGAUACAUGGUCUUUUUUGGAUGCUCGAGUGAAAGAUGCUUUUGAUCUAAAGAAAACCCUUCAAGAGGCACAGUAUUUAGCAGAAGCUGUUAGUGCUGGGCUGGGGAACUCCUUUCAAGGGUUUGUUGGGAAAGUUUUCCGGAGAUAAAUUAUGAUGGCAAGACCUUUGGUUACAUAUCUUGAUUCAAACAAUGUUUCUUCAAUAAUGAUUGUAACUUUAAGGGGAUGAUAUAUUAAAUAGUCAGAGUAUAUUUCAGAAUUCAGAUUACUUGAAAUUGAAGGCUUCUGUUUACGGGGUCAUGAGUUUCCAACAAUCUGAAGCUUGUAAAAAAUUCCCUUGUCAUCAUUUCAUGUUUCAAGUAAAUUGCACCCCAUUGUAUUCA